AUGCUCUUCCUAUCACUCUCCCGCUCUCAUGAGUUGCAGCGCUCUCCUAGUGUCGACGAAGAAGACAGAUUCUGUAAUAUCAUGCGACGGACUGGUGCUAAGUGGUGGUCGAGUCGGGAGGAUAGGCUGGAAGUGCGGUUAGUCGCGAAGGAGAUGACGGAGGAAGAAGAAAAGGUGCUGGUGCUCGGUUGGCCGACGGAUGGAGUGGGUGUGGGGGUGUUGAUAUAUGAGAGUGACAGGCAACUUCCAAAAGAUUUCGGGAGAAUGAGUCUAGCGAUGAAUAUGGAGGAGAAGAUACAGAUGAUGAGAGAGUAUGGCGCUACGUUUGUUGGAGAUGUCACGCAGGUGGAGGAACUUUGUGAUAGCUAA